AACACUCUAACCCACCGGUCGGGUACACCUAAAUACAAAGUGGAGACCUCGUGGACCCCGCCCCGGGGUUUCAUAGGGGGCGUCAUAUUCCGCGCUACAAUAGUUCAGUCGAAAAAUGUAUUCUGGACGGCAUUGGACUCGCAAUCCAUACACAUAUCGGCGCCGGUAGUCAUACAACACAAGCCUAACCUGGCCUACAAUAGACAGGGAGACAUAGCUGAGUCCAAACAGUCGGCCCCACCCGGGGAUAACAUACACGCCUCGUCGGUACCCCACUCGCAGUCGUCGACCGAUGCGAGUCAUAGCCGCAUAUCGUACGACAUUUGCGACAAAAAGUUUUGCAUCGGUUUACCCGUCAAUUGCGUUAAGUUCCGCACCUGUAAUAUGCUGUUAGCGGGCGGGUAUGUGUCCAGAGGGGACGGCGAUGAUAGCGUAACCGAUUGUAUGGUAACGGAUGGCAGACCUGUACUGAGAAACAGUGUAAAUAUCGGUCGAAGUAAUGAGUAUUUGUCGGCAAAUGAAUACCACGGGGUGUCCCCUCUCAACACCACCUACUCUAACGGUAUACUAUACUGCAAGUGGAGGCGCAGGAGGCGGUCCACCGUCAGAGGGAAUGCCUACGACUUGAAAGACAAAAAGUAUUACAUUUUACUGGCGUUUGGAUUGUUGGGCGCCAAUGAGGACAAGGAGUUUCACACCGAGAGGUUGGCCUCCGAUCAGUCGGUGGACAUCCGAGUGGUCGGGCAUGUGAUCACACACUCCACCACUUUUCUCAUCCAAAUUCACGGAACCUUUAUGAUUGUGGCCUGGCUAGGAUGUGUGAGCAUAGCUAUAUUCAUGGCCCGGUAUUUCAAGCACCUGUGGCCCGAGGAAACACUAUUUGGAGUUCAGAUAUGGUUUGCGGGUCCGCACCAGUUGUUUGGUUUGGCAGCCAUUAUAAUAUCGGUGGUGAACCCGAUUGGGGCCGCAAUGAGACCCAAACCCUUGUCGUCCAAGCGAUGGAUAUUUAAUUGGUUUCAUUUUAAUUGGUUUCACUUUGUGUUGGGAAAUGCGGGCCAUAUCUGUGCGAUAACCGCACUCUUCCUCGCGUACAACCUCUCUGUCAACCAAUUGUCGCAAAUCUAUUUGUGGAUACUUAUCAUGUAUGAGAUCACCAUUACCUAG